AUGCCCUCCAGGCACAUGGUGGAUAGUGAUGGCCUCGAAAUAUUCAGUGAUGGACGCCCGCCUACACCAUUACCCACCCGCAGGGAUACCGAGUUGACGAACCUGCAGAGGAUUGAUAUUCCCUCUUUAUUCUUCUCCCGCGGGGAUCUUUUACCGUCAUUUGACCCCUUCACCGACCUUUCAGUCUCUCGUAAGUACUUCUGCAGAUGGGAAAAAAACAGCAGCACGGGCGAAAGGGCCUCGGCACGCCCCAGUGAUUCAGCUUCCGAAACAUACAAGCAGACAAGUGGGCUGUCUCUUUUCUUCCAUGGGAUCGCCGCGGGCGAGGAUAUGAGCACGCUGAUCCACAUCUUAACUCAGACUCUGCAAAGGGCCGGUCAAACCGUUAACUGGCCGACCUCACCACUGCUAGAUCGCGCCUGUACCGAAAAGAAAGAAAAUGCCGAUGCAAACCCAGCGAAGUUUUUGGAUAGCGCUCCGCCAAAUGAGGACACGGUCGCGCCCCAGUCGAAGUCGCCUUUUUUCAACGCAUCCCUUUCGGUUUCGUCGGCGUCACCGAUGAGCGCCUUAAUCUCGCAGCGGGAAUGGAUCAAGCAAGCGAGUCGAGCCGCGGCGCUCUUUUCGGUGGAAAGCCCCGCUGCGUCGGACGCGGUGUCGCUUCUGUAUUAUUCCUCAUGCCACACCGAGCGGUUGAGGUUGAAAGGGGCGAUGAAAGGCGCGGGGAAUGGGAGGACGGCGUCCGAUCUUUUUUUUUUUCGACCCCUUAACAAGGUGUUACGGCCGCUGUUGAGCGAUCGGGUGGCGGUGGCGCUCGCCCGGCAGCUGUUUCGUGAUAGCCAUCCCAGCGCGAAGCACGGCCGGCUCGAGGAGGUUGAGCGGGUGUUAGGGCAGAUCGACCCCACCCCUGCCGUGUGUGCGGUUUUGAUCGACCUUUACAGCCGCACCGGGCGGUGGGAAGGGGCCCUGCGCAGCCUACGCGGUAUCCCGCAAAGCCUCUGGACGGAAUUCGACGUGACGGGCGUGAUUCGAUCUUUUUACCGCGCCGCACGGAGAAAUGAACUCCCCUCGUCAUCAACGACCCUUCUUGAAGGACUUCAUUCAUCCCUCUCAGGGCGUGCGGAAGGGGAAGAGGAAAGGGAGGGGAAGGAGGCAGGACCCGAGACCGACUUCUUUACCUACCCUCUCCUCCUCAUGAAGCAGGCGAUGGAAGGUAAGGUCUCCUGGAGCACCCCAUCUGCGAUCAAUGACGCCCUCGGGCUGCUCUCCCUGCGACCGCAUCUUUGGCGGCAGGCCUGUGCGUUGCUGGAUGCGACCGUGCUCUCGCCGCACUGUGCAGGGGAGCCUCCCGUUUGCGAAAGGGGAGAGGAUGGCAGGGCGGAAGCGCUUCAUUGCGAGUCCGAUGGAAGCGUGGAGGAAGCGGAAGAAGUGGAAGGGACCUCUCUAAACCACGCCCUCGUCCGCGAGUCCAGUCUUCGCCACAUGCGCCCCAAUCCCGUGACGGUCUAUCAAACCUGCCAGGCGCUUUCCCAGGCCCCGGAGGUGGCCUUUUCCUACGCCACGGCGCUUUUGGAUCGCUUUGAGAUCCCCCUCACCCGCGAUUUCGGGGCGACGGAGCAGUAUUUGUGCUGCUGCGCUCAUGCCGGGCGCUGGCAGGAGGCCCUGCGGGUGAUGAAGGAACAUCAGUUGCAGCUUGAGAAGGAGCGUAAUCGGCAUCACGCCAUGGGGCGGCGCGGGAUGGCGCGGGAGGCGUCUUCGGCAGGAGGCAACACCGCCGACAGAACGCGUUCCAGCGGCGAUAAGUCUUCCAAUUUCCACGAACGGUUUGCGCACUACCGCCCGGAUGUGUACCUUGCGUUGGUAAAGCUGUUUGGCGAGUCGCGCUGCAGCGACGGGGUGAACUCGCUUGUUCAACAAAGGUCCCUCUCAAAGUUUUACAACCCACAAACACUUUCACGCGCCUUCAACGCCCUAAUCCAGAGCUCGAAAACCAUUGACGAGGCGAUGCGUCACUACGACGAGCUGAAACGCGUUUCACGUCGAAGGUCCGGGAAAGGGGCCCCAGCGAAGGCGAACACCAUAAGUGCUGCGUCUGCCGAGCCACAGCAGCAGCCGGUGCGGUCUGAAGCGUUUGGAGCUUCUACCAAUCAUGAGAUGUUUGAGAUGUUGGAAAAUGAAUCUCUUCAUCAAUUGACGAUAUUAAACGCUAUGGAAGGACGCUGGCAGGAGGCGGUGACUAUUUUUCAGCACCUUUUGCACGAUCCACGCCGAAAACUAUAUGUGCCCACGACGGAGGUUCAUGAUUGUAUACAGUAUGCCCUCGCACAAGCACCUGCGCCAGGUGCGUCUUGGCAACUGUCCGUAGCGCUCUUCUAUGAGUUGUGUGAGGAGCGUCAGCUGCCGACUUCCCCAUUAGCGUUUCAGUCUGCGGUUAGGAAGUGUUUUUCGCAGGACGCUGGUGAGGUAGCUCAGAAGCUGUUCAAAUUUAUGAUUCGAAAAGGUGUACGACGUUGA